CGAGUCCGCCAGCAUCUUGCUGCCCACAAAGGUUGGAGAUGGCAGUCUUUCCAAACUCCUGUCUCCCCGGGUGUCUGCUCGUCUUCAUUCUCCUCCAGGUGCCCGAGCUGGAUUCUGCUCCCUUUGACGUGAUUGGACCCCCGGAGCCCAUCCUGGCGGUGGUAGGUGAAGAUGCCGAGCUGCCCUGUCACCUCUCCCCCAACGUGAGCGCCGAGCGCAUGGAGUUGCGGUGGUUCCGAGAGAAGGUCUCUCCCGCGGUGUUCGUGCGCCGGGAAGGGCGAGAGCAGCCCGGAGAGCAGAUGGCCGAGUACCGGGGGAGAGUGACGCUGGUGGAGGACCGCAUCGCGGAGGGGCGCGUCGCUGUGAGGAUACAGGAUGUCAAGGCCUCUGAUGAUGGGGAGUACCGAUGCUUUUUCAGGCAGGACGAAAACUACGAAGAGGCCACCGUGCAUCUGAAGGUGGCGGCUCUGGGUUCUGAUCCUCACAUCCACAUGGAAGUUCAAGAGAGUGGAGACAUCUGGCUGGAGUGUACCUCAGUAGGAUGGUACCCAGAGCCCCAGGUACAGUGGCGAACUCCCAAGGGAGAGGAGUUUCCAUCCGUGUCAGAGUCCAGGAACCCUGAUGAAGAAGGUCUGUUCACCGUGGCAGCUUCAGUGAUCAUCAGGGACACCUCCAUGAAGAAUGUAUCCUGCUGUAUCCAGAACCUCCUUCUCGGCCAAGAGAAAGAAGUAGAGAUUUCUAUACCAGCUCCCUUCUUCCCAAGGCUGACUCCCUGGAUGGUGGCUGUGGCUGUGGUCUUGAUGGUCCUAGGACUUCUCACAAUUGGGUCCAUAUUUUUCACUUGGAGACUAUACAAGGAAAGAUCCCGACAGAGGAGGCAUGAAUUCAGCUCUAAAGAGAAACUCCUGGAAGAGCUCAAAUGGAAAAAGGCUACAUUGCAUGCAGUUGAUGUGACUCUGGAUCCAGAUACCGCCCACCCCCACCUCUUUCUGUAUGAGAAUUCAAAAUCCGUCCGAUUGGAAGAUUCACGUCAGAAACUGCCUGAGAAACCAGAGAGAUUUGACUCCUGGCCUUGUGUGUUGGGUCGUGAGGCCUUCACCUCGGGGAGACAUUACUGGGAGGUGGAGGUGGGAGACAGGACUGACUGGGCAAUCGGGGUGUGUAGGGAGAACGUGAUGAAGAAAGGAUUUGACCCCAUGACUCCCGAGAAUGGGUUCUGGGCUGUGGAGUUGUAUGGAAACGGGUACUGGGCUCUCACCCCCCUGCGGACCCCUCUCCCAUUGGCGGGACCCCCCCGCCGAGUUGGGAUCUUCCUGGACUGUGAAUCAGGAGACAUCUGCUUCUACAACAUGACUGAUGGAUCCCAUAUCUAUACUUUCUCUAAUGCCUCUUUCUCAGGCCCCCUCCGGCCCUUCUUCUGCCUGUGGUCCUGCGGUAAAAAGCCCCUGACCAUCUGCCCAAUCACUGAUGGGCUUGAGGGAGUCACAGUAGUUGCUGAUCCCAAGGACCUUUCUAAGGACAUCCCACUCUCGCCCAUGGGGCAGGACUCUGCCUCUGGGGAUACAGACACCCUCCAUUCUAAACUGAUCCCUCCCCAGCCCAGCCAACGGGUACCUUAAGGAAUACCCCAGCUCAACCGUUUCCCUUCGCUCUUACCCCCUUCUCUAUCAUCCCCUGGGGCUUCAUCUGCCAGCUGUACCCAGCCCCUGUUUCUUCUGUUGGGUAGGGAUUAAUUACUCUUGAGAAGAUUGUGUUGCUGCUGAUAGAGUGUGGGGUGCAGGACCUUCCUAAUCUGUUUCCGUUUCUGUUUCAAUAUUCAGGGGGCGGAGAGGUGACUCAAACUACUUCUCACGUUCUCCUGGCCCUUGAGGCCAAAGCCUAUAGGAAGGCACUUGAAGCUCAGGGAUCGAGAUGGGCUUAGGCUGGCCUAGGGUUGUGACAGAAACAUCUUGGUGUCCAGAAUAGGAAUAUGUAGAGGAACAGGUUUUAGGCAAGCAGAAAACCCAAAGGACCCUGGGAAGGGAAGAUCCGAGGCUGAAAUCCCAUAAAGGAACUUGGAGGGGAAGUCAUGAUAGAAGAAAGUGAAGUGAACCCAGGCCAGUGAUGGACAUCUGGCCUGCCCCUAGAGUUUUAGGGCCUAUAUGUCAAAUUUUUUAAGUCAUAUCCUCUGGGGUGGAUCUGAGCAAUUGGUGAGGAGAGUAAAGAAGAGAUGAAAUGAACAGGGCUAAGGGAUCAGACAGAACGUUUGAUAGAGGAGAGAAUUUUAGAUAAAAUUCAAAGGUUGUGUUCACAGCCAUGCCUCGGCCCUGUUCCCCUCUCUGCACCCGUGUUUCUCCCUUGCCUGGGGCUCAUCUCAACCUCACUUUGUUGACUCCACAAGUCUCAGGUUCUCUUCUUCUUCUUGAUCUAGAAUCUAUCCAUUUCAGAGGCUUUUCCAGGCAUCAUCAUUCAGUAAUAUCACCACUUCAUCAGCCAUUGUCUCAGCUUCAGCCCAACAUUUGGUUUAAAGCCUCCACCAUACUUUUAAUUAGCUUCGACCACCACCCACUUCCACACCGCACCACCAAUCGCACUCUCCCCACCCAGCUUUCCUACACGCUGCUUCUCCUCAGGGUCCCUGAAGGCUGCAUCAUUGUGCUCAGCACAGCUGGAUUGAUCACAGUUGCCUGCAUUUGCAUUUUCCUGUAUACGUGUGUCUUGUCUUGCCAAUAGACUGCAAAUUUAUCCAGGCUCCCAGCUUCCAUUUCCACUGGGUUUUCCAGUUUCCAGGAUAGAUGUCGCCCAUGGUCUUAACCUAAUAAAUAAGUCUGUCUGAUUGCUGAAAACAGCAUCGGCACCUUCCUUUCUUUAUCCCAACAAGUGGGACUGAAGCAAAAACAGAGGAAAGAAACCUGCGUGGGUAUGCAGUGAGCCAAAGCAGUGUGGUUCUGUUUAUCCAAGACCCAUCCCCAGACCUGAUGGCAGUGGGCUCACCAGGGAAGGGGCUAUUGUCCAAGGAUGGUCCAGCUACUUACAAUAAGGCCACAGUGCCAAUGGCUACCUACCCUUAGCCUCUGGAGGAAAUGUUGGGGAAAUUUUAGUGGUGAUGCCUCAUAAUUGGAAAAACAAACAAACUUGGGUGAUCUUUAAACCGCUGUUCCAGAGGAAAGGCCCUUUGGAUUCCUACUUUGAAGGUCCUGAUAGUUCAGUGAGAUGCCCACUUUUCCCUAUGUUGCCCCAAGCAAGGAUCAGGAAUAGUCCCCCUCACAGAGGGUCUGACCUUAAUGCAAAUCAAGCAGCUCUGUUGCCCAAAGGGACAGACUGUGAGUCUCCAAAGGUUCACCGAGUGGUGGGAGAUCAUCUCCUAUGUAUGCCUCUUGCUGAGAAAUUAUUAAAAUCAGAGCUCUACUCAUCAGACAAGAACUCCAAAUUAUGUUCUUACUAACAUAUUAUUUCCAUUAUUGCACCACAUUAUAUUUCUCAUGAUUAAGCUAAAAACCAACUUUUAUAAGUUUUCAGUCUACCUGCUACCCUCAUAGAGGACUAUGACAAAUUAAAACCAAGCAUUCUCUCUUAGGUGGAAAUUCUGAACACCAGACAGGUCUAUUAUCAUCACAUUCAGGAUACUUUAAGUGAAAUAUGACAAGGACAACAAUAUUCCACCACUCACUUUUCGUCAU